GACUACAUUGUUACAUUGGACAGCAGAACCGACGCUUGACCUUCAAGCUAAUUAUUGCGCCGCUCACAGACUUGCCUUUCACCUGUCCCCGACAUAAAUGUUGCCAAGUAUAAGUCUGCAUCGGCCUAGCUGGGCUGCCGCGACAGCGCCCGCAUGCUCCUGUCCACUGGCGGUCUCGGCACCACUAAGCGGCGCGGCAGGCAUUGCCGCGCGCCUCUGCUGCUCUGCCCGCUCCAAGCAGUCCUCCCGUCACCACGAACUCUGUAGCAGCUGUUUCUCGGCGCCGGCCUCUAGCCGCCAGAGUCAUGUAGGGCUCCACGGCCCCCCUCGCCACCCGAGCCGCCAGCCCCGCAGCCCAACCCCCCGCGUCCGCUGCGGCGCCGCGCCCGCUCCCGGCCCCGCUGCAGCUACAGCCCCUGCCACCCACCACGGCGGCCACAACAUAUUCAUGUCCACAGCUACUGCCGGCAGCAUGGACAUUUCGAAUGAGGACCCGGCGGCUAUGCGGCUGAAGGCUUGGGUGCUCAAGCACAGCAAGUCACUGCCAACCAACAUGACGCCAAAGCGGCGCGAGGACGGCACCUACUACCUGACGGCGGAGGAGCCCGUGCGCCGCGGCCAGGUGCUGGUGCGUGUGCCUCGCGCCCUGCUCAUGAACGCCCACACGGCGCGCGGCAGCCCCGCCUGCGGACGCCUGGUGGCGGAGGCGGGCCUCAACGAGUGGCAGGCGCUGCUGCUGCAGCUGCUGUGCGAGCGGGCGGCGGGGGAGGCCAGCUUCUGGGCGCCGUACGUCGCCGUGCUGCCGCAGGACAUGUCUCACCACCCGCUGCUGUGGGGUCCGGAGCGGAUGGUCUGGCUGCGGGGGUCGCCGCUGGCCGCGCAGCUGGCGGAGCGGCAGCAGCAGGUGACAGACGACACAGAGCUGCUGCUGGUGGCUGGAGCCAACGAGCUGCCCAUUGCGGAAGAAUACAAAAAGGCUCACGGCGGGGCGGAGCUGGUGACCCGGGAGUCGGUGGGGUGGGCGGCGGCGGUGCUGCUCAGCCGCGCCUUCAGCCUGGACCUGGCGGAGGAGGAGCCCAUGGAGGGAGACAUGAGCUACUGGGGCACGUGGACCGCGCACGGCCCCGACACGCUGUGCCUGGUACCUUGGGCCGACCUGAUGCAGCACUGCAGCGCGGCGGGCCCCGAGUCCUGCGCUGUGUACCAGUUCGAGCUGGGCGCGGUGAUGCUGGCGGCGCACACCAGCUACCAGGCCGGAGAACCCCUGUUCGAUUCGCACGGACCGCAUUUGUCGCCCGUGGAUUUGGUGAUGGAUUACGGCAUGGAGGAGCAGCCGCAGGGGCUGCAGCAGCAGCUGGGACAGCAGCAGCAGGCGGCUGUAGCGGCUGUAGCAGCGGGCGAGGGCGGCAGCGGCGGCGAUGCGGCGCAGGAGGGGGCGGCGGAGGCGAUGUCGCUGGCGGCGGCGGUGGCGGCGGCGCACGCGGUGGACGCCAGCGAGGGCGCGGGCGUGGCCGUGCCGGCGGGCGGCCGGGAGGGGCAGCAGCAGCAGCAACAGCACGAGCAGGUGGCGGCAGCAGGGGCGGAGGCGGAGGCACAGGCGGCGGCUCGGCCGGGGGAUGGGGAUGAGGAUGACGUGACCACCGUGUCUUAUGCGGGCAUGAGCGGCAGCGCGGGCCGGGACCGCUUCGACGCCAACCCGGCGGACGUGGUCGCGCCCCGCUCCAGUCGCAACGCCGCGCUGCUGACGGCCCUGGCGGCGGUACACGGCGGCACGGCUACAGCCGCUACUGCUACUGCCGCAGCAGCAGACGGCGACGGCGGCGGCGCCGCUGCUACAGCCGGUGCUACAGCCGGUGCGGGCAGCCUGGCCCUGGGGUCGGGCGGGCCGGACACGGCUUCGCUCACCUUCCUGCGGGCGGCGCUGGCGACUGACGUGGAGCUGGUGCGGGCAGGCUGGCGCGUCAAGGCCGGCGCCAAGGACGUGGAGCUGGCCUGCCGCGUCAUGGGCGCACUGGCCGAGCCCAGCAGCAAAGCCACGGAGGCGGCGCUGCUGCGCGCCCUGGCAACCUACAUACAGGGCCGGCUGGCGGCCUUCCCCACCUCUCUGGAGGCGGACGAGGACCGACUGCUGGGGCGAAACGGAGUGCCGCGAGUCAGUGGGCCUGAGCGGUUGGCGGUUGUGGCGCUGGCGAGUCAAAAGCGCGCCCUGGUCGGGUCAGCGGCUGCCGUGGCGUGUUGGAUCCAGCGGUUGGAUUCGGGCUGGCCCGUGGCAGAGUUGUACGACGGUGAGGAGGGCGGCGAGGUGUGGGGAGAGGGCGCGGAGGACGACGAGGAGGACGAGGAGGGGGGCGGGCAGCAGCAGCAGGAGUGGGACGACUGGGGCGGCGGGCGGAAGGGCGCGGCGGCCGGGCGCAAGGGCGCAAGGGCGGGGAAGCGGUGAUGGGGGGGGGGGGGGGACGCUGGUGACAGUUGCCGUGAUGGGCGGGGUGGGGGGGUGGUGGGUGGCGGGCGCAGGUUAAUGACGCGUCAGCGGUUGGGCCUUGCAGGGGCCUUGGUUGCGGCCCGCAGGUCUGAGUUGUGGCUUUGGGGUGACACGAUUGCAGCAGGCUCCGCAGGCCAGAGUAUGUUGGUGACGUUACAGAGUAUGCGAGGAGGCCAAGUCCAGAGUCCAGGUGAUGCGAACUCGCGAUUGCCGAACAGAUUGUUGUUGCUCGGCGACACAAACCGCGGAAGGGGCAAGGGUUCCAGCUGGAAGGCAUUGAAGACAUUCUUGGGCCCAAUUCGCUGUUAGCACGCCCGCCGAU